AUGAAGAGCGUGCCCUGGGUGGCGCUGGGCUUCUCGGACGGCAGCUGCGACCCCUCAGACCAGUGCCCGCCCCAGGCCCGCUGGAGCAGCCUGUGGCACGUGGGGCUAGUCCUGCUCGCCAUCCUCCUGCUGCUGCUCUGUGGGGUCACAGCCAGCUGUGUCCAGUUCUGCUGCCACCGGAAGCAGGCCCAGGCCCCACUGCAUCUGCCGCCAGCACGGCAACCCUGUGACCUGACCGUCAUCCCAGUGGACGGCGACAGCACUGUGCACAGCACGGUGACCUCCUACAGCUCCAUGCAGUACCCGCUGGGCAUGCGGCUACCCUUGCCCUUCGGGGAGCUGGACCUCGACUUCACGGCCCCUCCUGCCUACAGCCUGCAUGCCCCUGAGCUCCUGCCGUCCUAUGAUGAGGCCGUCAAGAUGGCCAAGCCCAGAGAAGAGCCUGCGCCCUCCCGGAAGUCCAGCCCUCUCCCUGAGCCUCAGGAGGCGGGCCCCACAGCCCAGCAGCCCUGUUGCAUCCCUGGUGCCCCUUGA